AUGCCAACCCCGGACUCUCGACACAUACUUGAGCGGGCCACCAAGCUGAUUGAGGCGUGGUGUAUAGACUUCGGAGCACUCAAAUCUCCGCAUGAGGCGUACCAAGAGCAGGUGGCGGCUGCGAGAGUGAAUAUCGACGAGGUGUUCGACAGUCUGUCCACUUGUACUAAACCUUCCAUCCAGUUAGCACUUCAGAAACAGCUUACCGAAUACUAUGACCGGCUAAGGGAACUGCAACUGAACCACGAUAGGACGAUAGGACAGCAACAGGAACGCUAUAAGGAAACCAUCAAUGCCGCUAUGAGGCAGCUCUGUGACAAGCUGAACACGGUAAUUGGGCCAUGCAAGACAUUGAAACCUUUCCCGAAAGUCGCAAAUCCACAAUCCAACCAAGGUCAGACUAUCAGUUCAUCGGACAGCCCGGAGAGAUGCAACCCGGUGUUCAACGUGGAUACGCAAACAGACUUGGAGCAGAGCGUCAUCUACGUCUGCGUGCAUGGCGAGGCACAGUGUCUGGAUUCCGUCCCUAGUAGACGGAAACGCCGCCAUACUAGUGGAGUACAGACCCGUGGAAGGCCAGAUAAGAUGAUAAAAAAACACACUUUAGAGAACCAAAGUCGGCCUGAUAAGGUUAGGCCAUGCGAUAAUGGUCGAAAACGACAAAGAAAGUCUGCCAUGGAGGGUGUUGAACCAGCCUGUGGACAGGUAUGCCUCGUAUUUCGGAAGAAGCUGAAGCAAUGGCUAGCUGCCCUCGUCCUCCCAAACAACUUCAACGAGGCUAGCGUUGCCGCCACUAUCGCGAGCUUCGACUUGACGAAGGAAGUGGCGGAGUGCUGGGAGCACAUGCACGAAACAGAUGGAUUUCGAUGGCGGCAAGGCCAUAACCAGACUAAACCUGUAAUAGCUGAGCGGCAAGUUGCAAUCAUGUAUUUUGAAGGACCGGAGUUUCCAGCAAAAUGCAGAACCGAUUGGGUGCACAUCGAAGAACUGCAUAAAUACGACCCUGGAGUUCACUCGUUUCUUAUCCCUCACUCAAAAACGGUCCGGAAAUUCUUAACUGGUCAGCUGGCAGCACAAUCAGGCACAGAGGCUAAGCGAGUUAAGUUAGGAAUUACCAACGAGGCAGACACCCAGAAGCAGCGAACCUCAUACGAAUCAGCUGCGGUAUGCGAGAUGAUUUCUCAAGACGACUGUCCUGUAAAGGGAAAGUUGGAGGAUUCCGCAGAUGUUGGUGAAUCCCAGAUCACGCCAGCCCCCAGUCCACGUACAGUUGCGCCAGCCAUGAACCUACAAAAGAAGGGCUGGCUGGACUCUGAAUCUGGAAAGAGAGACUCAUCAAACGGCAGGAUCGUCGGCUCACAUAAAGACAUUGGCGUCGUACAAGUCGGUGUGGACGACCUUAUUCAACCCAACACGAUACUUGGAAGCGGUUUGUUGGUUACUGCUGACGGGUGUUGGGCAGCAUCCAGACCUGGCCAACAGCAGACGGCUGGACAUGCACUGGUAGCGAUGCCAUCGACAUCGGGACCUCUUCCAUCCAUACAACCUGUUCUGUCGCCUGUCCCGACUCUUCGUAGUGCUAGAGUUGCACGAUCUGAGCAUGUAAUGGGGCGAGCAAAAGGAAGAGAGGCUAUAACUGAGUCUGUCAAAUUACCAGGAGUCUUGCAGAUGAUACAUGGCGAUGCACCCAAUAGUUUGAGCUCUGGGUGGAGGCAGAAUCCGACGCUGAAUACAAGGCCGCUUCAGCCCCACCGGCUACUGUCCGAACCUGUGUCCUCGAUCCCGAGUCUCUCGGAGAAUGGUUUGAGAUGGGCUUUGACUCCGCCAGUGACAUCGCCGGAGACAAUAUUCAUUUGCCACAAACAGCCGCUGUACACAGCAGUGAAGGAUAUUCCUGCGCUAUCUCGUCCGACAGAGAGGAUAUCAUAUGGACGAUAUCGCCUUCUUGACCCCCUACAACAGCCAGGUGCAGAAACUCAAGGCGGUCCUCGGCAAGAGCUUUAG